AUGUCUGUUUCAGUUGAGAAGUCGGAUUCUAUAGUUGGUUGUUUUAGAGAUGCUCUGCCGUCUAUUUUGAUAAAGUCUCGUCAUACUGAUAUUUGGGGCGUGGAUUUAAAGCACGCGGAGUGGCCGACAGUGAAGAUCAUUUUAGAAAAGUUCCUCAAAAGCCAUUCGGCAAUCCCUGCCCUUCAGGUCUCCAGGGCAAGGGUCUCACUCGAGAGAACUCUAGAGUGGCGAUGCUUCUCUAAGCCGAGUGCUGUUCUUCCUGAAGCAAAAGCUAUCCUUCCAGAAUUGGACCUGUGCCAUAUCACUUUCAAUGAUGGGCAAUACGUGCUGUGGGUCAGCUUAGACGAGAUGACUAUGAAGGGAUACUUGCCAAUACAUGAAAGCCUGGCGACAUCGAGAGGAUUGGUGAACCUGGGUCUUGCUGUCAUGGAAAAGCUCUCUACGCUCCUGAUGCAGGAUCUACAUGGCCGUCCGGCUUGCUGUGUGAUUGAAUUCAAGAGGCAUUCUUUCCCUAAUACCAGGAAAAAACCACAAUCCUUCCAGGGGAUGCUCCGCAAGGCACUCGAAGACUUGGUGAGGUUGAUUCGAAAUCACUAUCCCAAUAUUCUGGCAAAGGCAUACAUUAUCAACCCUUGUGGCGAAUACCUCGCAUAUAUGGAUAUCAGUGAAGCUCUAUUGAGGGAUACGGUGCUGUUGAAGAAUCCAGUAGACCUUGGCCAAUACCUUGGCUCACAACUUCCACCUCGAUAUGGCGGUACAGGCGAAUCGUUGAAGCUUCAUGACUGCCUGGCAAAGAACGUGAAAGGAAACAAGCCAGAUAUCAGUACGGCAGCGAGUACCGACAUUGAGAAGCCUGAAGUCGAAAAAGAAACCACAACGCCCGCUAUCAACUGUCCCAAAGUCGUGGAAACAGAGGAGCCAAAACUGCGCUUGAUCUACUCGGAAACCAUCGGGCCUCCAUCCAUCAUACUCGAUCCCGACGACCUGGAAACGGCACAACCUCUUUGUCCCGACAAGAUGGGCGCGCGAGUUGUCUUUGCAGAUUCAGACACAGUCGUGAAAUUCGGGCACGGUGUUGGUCUUGGUGAAGCUGAGGCGAUGCAUAUGGCAUCUACCCGUACGACCAUUGCAGUGCCUCGACUUCUCAGUGCAUACAUUCUUGACGGGGUGGGACACAUUGUCAUGACAUAUGAAGCGGGCGAGCCACUCGCGCAAUACUGGGACCGUGUGUCGACAACGGAGCACAAUCGCAUCCUGGAGAGUCUACGGGACUACGUGAACCAGAUGCGGGAGAUUCCAGGCGAUUUCAUCGGGACGCUUGACGGAUCGCCCUGUCGAGAUGGCAUCUUUGAGGCCGGAUACGGCGACUAUACUCGGUACAGCUACGGCCCAUACCCAUCCGAAGAGGGCUUCAACGAAGGGAUCAUUCAAGCCUUGCGAGAUCGACUGCCCCCGGCACUGCUGGAGCGUGAACAUGACGCUGAAUCGCUCUUUUUCAACGCCGAGUACACGCUGUACCAAACCGUCCGGGGCCUCCAAAACCACAAGAUUGUGUUCACACACGCAGAUAUGCAUCCGGGGAAUAUCAUUGUUCGGCCUGAUGGCACGCUUGUUCUCUUGGACUGGGGUCUGGCUGGGUUUUGGCCCGAGUAUUGGGAGUUCUACCGGGCCAUGUUUAAUGCAGCCUGGAGAGCUUCAUGGGACCGCAUGGUGGAAAGGUUUAUCCCGCCUUUUUAUGUUGAGUACAGUGUGAUGAAAAGGGUAUUUGCAACUGUGUGGUACUAA